UAUAUUGCUGUGUGGCUCGAUCCAACCACGCAGCAAAUCUCUGUACCAGUCACGCUCAGUGUUGUAUCCCCUGCUCAAUGUUACCGCAACCUUAGCGAAUUUGUCCAUAGUCAACACGAUACUCCCAGUGGCAUGUUUAAUCCGCCGUCGGCUUCCCAUGUCAUCGGCAUUGAAACGGCCGCUAAAGAGGAAACACUGGUGGCCAUCCUUCCGGCCAAGAGCCCCAGUAAAAUCCUGGAUAGCGCCACGCUCGCCUCCCACUCCCGUAAACGCUCCGGACCACCUGCAGACGAGCCGGUCCCGAUGGAGACUGUGCUGACGCGACCUUUCCGACUGGUCAACGGCGAACCUUGUCCUAAGAGGCGCAAGGUUGUCGUCAGUGUUUUGGUGCGGCCGUGUGAACGCGCCCGCGUCCAUACAAAAAAACGGCGGAAGGAGCUUACGGCCACAGUCCACCAAGAUGCCGGUGGCAUGCAGAACCUGGAGUUGAACGUGGAGAACUGGAUGCCGCAAAAGCCUCAUCAGCCGGUCAUGGCGGAUGGCUUCAGUUUUACUGAGGGGCUCCGCAAAGAACGCCUGGCUAGUGUGUGCAGCUAUCACAAGAUCGAAGCUAAGAAGGAGUAUUUUCACUGUCUCUGGGAGAUAGACAAUGCAUGGAAGUCGGAUUUUUUUAAAAAACUUCCCCGCAGAACGCGCCAACAGAUCAAUGGUAACUACGCCGACAUCACCAUUCCCGGUCCGAUCUUUGAGGGUCCCCUGGGCACCAGUUGGCAAGCGGUGGCUUAUCCAUUUGGCUACCGCAGCAACCGCCGCGAAGGCCUGGUAGCCAUGGCUGUGCGCUACUUCAACGGUCCCGAUGCGCAAGUCUCCGCCGGCUUCCAGAUCUCCCUUGUUCCACCCUCUAACUAUAACUACUGUGGCCUCCAAGAAACCAUUAGAGACCACUGUGAUAAACUGCAAGAAGCAAAUAAGCGUAGUAAUCUCUUCAAACGCGGCAAAAAAGGCUGGGUCCUGCGCAAAUUUGCCACGCGCGCCCAACUAGACGAAUGCAAAAGCACGGCGCUGGUAUUUGUUUUUUCCUUCUGCAUUUACGGACGGGUACAGACACAUUACCGUCACCGGUUCAGUCGGGAUUUUAAAGAGGCCGAGUCCAGCAUCAGCAGUUUUAUGAAACGGCUGUGGAAUAACGGGACGCCGGCCGGCAAGAUUCGGGUGGAGGGCAAAGCCGGAAAGACGUUCCGAGUACACUCUUCAGUGCUGCAGUUAAAUGCUGGCGGGAUAAGCAAUAUGGCGGCUAAUCAUUCACCGGAAAACCGGCGCUCAUUAGUCUUUCCCGACAUGACCGAAGCAGUCCUCAAAAAGGUAUUGGAGUUUUGUUAUACCCUCCAGGUUACCCGACUGGAUCGGACUCCCUUUGAGUUACUGCUUACCGCCCACCGCUACGGCAGCGCCGGUCUGCAGGCGCUGGCGGAACGGGAGAUUGUCCGCCAUAUUGAUCUCACCAGCAUCCUCGAUCUGUGUGUAUGGAACGACCAUUUGCAGAGUCCUUUUCUCGCUCAUUUCCUUGGCGCUUUUCUCCUCACCAACUUUGAACAAGUGCGGACGUUGCCGGACUACGUCACUAAAUUAUCGGACGAGCAAAGAUCACAGUUUGAGGCGGAGUACGCUAGCCAGUACGAUCCUACGGCGGCCACGGACGCUGAUUCGGACGAUGUCGACGACAACAGUCCGGCGGAAUUCGACUCGGGGAUGGACAGUUAUGGAGAAGAUGACGAUGAAGAAAACUUUGGCUUCCAAGACGAUGAGACCGACGGGGCCCUGACGGAUGACCUUUCCGAUGGGGAACGUAUGCCGGCACUGCUGGAACUAGGGGAGGAGCCCGAGGAGCCGCAAGCGCUAGCCAUGCCCAAUCAGCUCGCGCUGGAUCAGGCCGCGGUGCUGGCCAACAUGUUUGGAGCUGGCUUCGGCGAGAUGGACGCCGACGCCAUGGAUUUUAUUUUAAUGUUGAUGUAAUGUCGGGUGUUGUUAACCUGCAUUGUAUGCCUCCUAAUGUUGCUGCUGGCAUUUUCUGUGUUUUAGAUUUUUGAUUUUUGCUGUGGGAAAAAAUUUAUGAGGCAGUGCUAUUUUCGCAAGCAACCAAUUGUGUUCUUAUUUUUUGUUUUUCACUGUGAACGAAAAUCUAGUACUGUCACGUUGCGGAACGUUGUACGCGCACAGUUUUGAAUAGCUCAAGUAAGUAGCAGU